UCUGAAACUGGGAAUGCUUGACAUUGCCUGAGCGAGCUUACAGAGGCGUCUAGCUCGUAAGAAAUAGUGCCUUAGGAUAGGGGUGCACAGGAAAGGCGCCAUCCUCUAGCCCCACACCUGCUUCUUCUUGGAAUUAACAUGGAUCCCAGGGAGGCUGGCUGUGGAGAGCUGGGGCACCUCGGACGGGCCAUCGCACCGCCUGUGCGAGCGGUGGGGCCAUGUGGGGCCCUAUAGUCAGGGCUCUGAGUCCAGAGUCAGGAUGGGGACAGCCUUUGCACCUGCAGACAAGCGCCCAGGUUUGGGGCAGAGCAUCGGGGACCCCAGCCUGACUCCUGUGGCUUUGCUCCAUCGAUGGCCAUGGUUGCUCAGGCUCUGGCCACGCUGCCUGGAUCCGUGGAAGUCUUACCUGCCGCAGAAAUGGCUUCCGACAUCCCUGGAUCGGUGACCUUGCCCGUGGCCCCCAUGGCGGCCACCGGACAGGUGAGGAUGACCGGGGCCAUGCCGGCCCGUGGAGGAAAGCGGCGUUCUGGGAUGGACUUUGAUGAGGAGGAUGGAGAGGGGCCCAGCAAAUUUUCAAGAGAGAACCACAGCGAGAUCGAGAGGCGGCGGCGGAACAAGAUGACACAGUACAUCACGGAGCUGUCGGACAUGGUGCCCACGUGCAGCGCGCUGGCCCGCAAGCCGGACAAGCUCACCAUCCUCCGCAUGGCCGUGUCGCACAUGAAGUCCAUGAGGGGCACCGGGAACAAAUCCACGGACGGCGCCUACAAGCCUUCCUUCCUGACGGAGCAGGAACUGAAGCACCUCAUCCUCGAAGCUGCCGAUGGAUUUCUGUUUGUAGUCGCGGCAGAGACGGGACGAGUGAUUUACGUGUCUGACUCCGUCACCCCCGUUCUGAACCAGCCCCAGUCGGAGUGGUUUGGAAGCACCUUGUAUGAACAGGUGCAUCCCGACGACGUGGAGAAGCUGAGGGAGCAGCUGUGCACCUCAGAGAACUCAAUGACAGGCCGGAUCCUGGACCUGAAGACGGGGACGGUCAAGAAAGAAGGGCAGCAGUCUUCCAUGAGGAUGUGCAUGGGCUCGCGGAGGUCCUUCAUCUGCAGGAUGAGGUGUGGAAACGCUCCUUUGGAUCACCUCCCUCUAAACAGAAUAACCACCAUGAGGAAAAGGUUCAGGAACGGCCUUGGUCCCGUGAAAGAAGGGGAGGCCCAGUAUGCUGUGGUCCACUGCACGGGGUACAUCAAGGCGUGGCCCCCAGCAGGAAUGACCAUCCCCGAGGAGGACGCUGAGGUGGGGCAGGGCAGCAAGUACUGCCUCGUGGCCAUCGGAAGACUGCAGGUGACCAGCUCUCCCGUGUGUAUGGACAUGAGCGGGAUGUCGGUGCCCACGGAGUUCCUAUCCCGGCAUAACUCUGAUGGGAUCAUCACGUUCGUGGACCCGAGAUGCAUCAGCGUGAUCGGCUACCAGCCCCAGGAUCUUCUAGGAAAGGACAUUCUGGAAUUCUGCCACUCCGAGGAUCAGAGCCACCUGCGUGAGAGCUUUCAGCAGGUGGUAAAGCUGAAGGGCCAGGUGCUGUCGGUCAUGUACCGGCUGCGCACCAAGAACCGCGAGUGGAUGCUGAUCCGCACCAGCAGCUUCACAUUCCAGAACCCCUACUCGGACGAGAUUGAGUACGUCAUCUGCACCAACACCAACGUCAAGCAGCUCCAGCAGCAGCAGGCCGAGCUGGAGGUGCACCAGCGGGACGGGCUGUCCUCCUACGACUUAUCACAGGUUCCCGUCCCCAACCUGCCGGCUGGUGUUCACGAAGCUGGGAAGUCCGUGGAAAAGGCGGACACCAUUUUCUCCCAGGAAAGGGACCCCCGGUUCGCCGAGAUGUUUGCGGGGAUCAGCGCAUCGGAGAAGAAGAUGAUGAGCUCAGCGUCUGCGGCAGGAACGCAGCAGAUCUACUCCCAGGGAAGCCCGUUCCCCCCGGGACACUCUGGGAAGGCCUUCAGCUCUUCAGUGGUCCACGUGCCCGGCGUGAAUGAUAUCCAGUCGUCCUCGUCAACGGGCCAGAACAUGUCCCAAAUCUCCCGGCAACUGAACCAGAGUCAGGUGGCCUGGACAGGGAGCCGGCCGCCCUUUCCCGGACAGCCAAUCCCCUCACAGUCUGGCAAGACUCAGUCAUCUCCCUUUGGGAUUGGAACGAGCCACACCUACCCAGCAGACCCCUCUUCCUACAGCCCUCUCUCCAGCCCAGCUACCUCGUCGCCCAGCGGGAACGCCUACUCCGGUCUCGCCAACAGGACUCCAGGGUUCGCUGAAAGUGGCCAGAGUAGCGGGCAGUUCCCAGGGCGGCCGUCGGAAGUCUGGUCACAGUGGCAAAGCCAGCACCACGGCCCGCAGAGCGGUGAGCAGCACUCGCACCAGCAGUCCGGUCAGGCCGAAGUGUUCCAGGACAUGCUGCCCAUGCCCGGAGAUCCGACCCAGGGGACCGGCAACUAUAACAUCGAAGACUUCGCGGACCUGGGCAUGUUCCCGCCGUUUUCUGAGUAGCGGCAGGCAGAUUGCGGCCGGCGCUGGGCAGCGCCCCCCACGCGGGCGGGGCCCCCCCACACCCUGCUUGCCCCGCCCGCCCAGCCGCGGGACCCCCCCAGCAGAAGGCCUCUCACCGCCAUGUUCCCCCCAGCACAGCAUCGCUCAGCCUGCAGCCAGGGCUGCCCGGCCACCCACCAGGAGCCCUGGUGGAUACUGGGGGGCCACUGUAUUUAUUGUACUCUUAUCUGUGUGUGCUCGGGAGGUGAGCCCGUCGGUCCUGGAGGUCUGGUUGUGAAUAAUCUCUUAGCAGACAGUGUCCACCUAUAAAACGUCCGGUCCCAGUCCCAAGCGCCCAGGCCUGCCCAGGACACGGGAACGGGUUUCUUCUUGCCGUCGACAUCUGUGGAUGGGUGGGGCUCGGGUGCUGGAAGGGAGGCGAGCCGGCUGCAUGGCCUUUGUUCUCCAAGCUGGGACCCAGGGGUGGACCCCGCUCCCCCGUCCCCAGCUCAGCCAAGUCUGUGUGUGCGUCCAUCCGUCCAUCACGCUGUGGGAUGUGUGUACUCUGUGCAGUGUGACGUGAAUCCCUGUCCUGAUGGGUGUGCUGUGCCCCCCUGUGUCGUGUGGCCAGAGUGAGCGUCCAGAAUCCAGGGGCCCCCGCGUGCAGCCCCCACCCCCAGCGCAGCGCACCCCAGCUGGAGGGAGCUUGGCCCAGGGCCUGGGCGCCGGGCUGGGCGGAGCAGGCUGACGUUUCAUAGUGUCUCCAGGAGUCGUGGCUGGGAACCUGCUUGCCUUCACGGGUCAGCUCCCAGGUCCAGGCGCCCCUCUGAGAGGAAGCGGCCCCCUCAUCUUCCAGGAGGCCCCCGAGGGAGCACUGGCCCUUCCUGGUUACGCACAGGUGUCUCCCCCCUGGGUCCCAGCCAGCACCUGCCAAGGGCACACCUUGAGGUCACAGAGCCCGAGGCCCUUCUGCAGAGGACUGGACGGGAAGGCAGGACGUCCAGGCCUCGGCGGCCACGUUACACUCAGCAGCUCUGGAGCCGGUUCAGGUGUGGACCUGUGCAUGGAGACAGGAGUUCAGAAACAUCUCCCACCAGGCCGCCUGGCCUUCCUUCUGCAGCCGCCAGGGGCCGAGUGCGGGUCUGUGAGGCAGAAGGCUGGGCUUCCCGUUCUGAUUCUGGUACCAGGGCCUUGAAUUCCUCAGGUGGUCUCAAGACGGGAGGAAGAGCUGUCUUCUAGAAGCUUCUACCUGGCCGAGCCCAUGGUCCCUGGCUUGCUGUGUUUCCCUCUAUUCAGUGACCUCGCGCGCCCCCCCCCCCCCAGGCCGCAUGCCCUGAGGCAGGCUCUCAGCCUCUCGUCUCUGUUUUCCUGACAGCCAGGCUUCCGUUUGGCCUCACCACCCAUGGGCUCCCUGCCUCCCGUGUGGGAGGGACGCUACACUCGCGGCCGGGCAGGUGGAGGAGCCCUCCCCCAGGACAGCCCUGCAUCUCUCCCGGUGUCUCUCAGGCAGACCUCCUCAGGCACCCGGCUCGGAAACAACCCGUGUCCCCCCAGCCCCCAGGGUUGCGGAGGGCCAGCCGAGUGCGGAGGGUUCUGAGCUGCCUGAGUGCAGAGUGAGCCCAGCGGGCAGGGAGGAGCCGGUGGGGGCGGGGGGUUGCAUGGACCUCUGCACACUCUGCAUUAAACGCCGGCCCCCGUGUGGGGUCCAGAGGGGACCCCUGUGCCCUCUCUUGCUUGGAGAGCUCCACCUAACAAAACUCCAAAGUUGUUUGGUAGCACCCCAGUGGCCAGUAGUCCGCUUUGUGUGCUCCCAGUUCCUAGACUCUAAAUUCACACAGACCGAACAGUUCCUAGAGCGGCUUUUAAUCCUUUGCAUAUAGCCGUGAUUGAGUCCCGGGUUCAGGCGCACCCGAGGUCGUUUUGCCCUCAGGACCCUCUUCGCUUCAGGGGACGUGGUGGGCCCGACAGUGCCAGAGCCAGAGGGGGCUCCCCCGUGUGGGCCCUUGGGGUCACCUCCUCCUCCGCAGCCUGAGCCUACCCCAAGCAGGGGGCACG